AUGAUUCCUGACCCCCUGAGGAUCACCUCUUGCACUGGAGAGGGCACGCCCAUGGCGAUCAUUCCCCUUCCUAGUCCGGCACGGAAACGCCGUUUAGAGGUGCAUCCUAUAGGCGAGCGGGGUAGUCCUGUCUUCUGCUUAACUUUGCAGUCCGGCUGGUUGGUGUUUUGUCUUCUAAGUACCCGAUCGCAUAGCAAUAGGUACAGCCGGUAA